CGCGUAUUAGCUCACAGCCCGCCUCCGAAAUCCAGUUUCGCAUAUAUGAUAUUUAUGUCUUCGCGCUAUUCACGUCAGGCACGUUGUAGGACUCCUACUCCGGAAACCGCGCCAGGACCCCGAGGAUGUCCAUGCUCGCCGAACCCCGCAGAAAACAAAAGUGGUCGGUGGACCCUCGGAACAGUGCUUGGAGCAAUGAUGACUCCAAGUUCGGACAGAAGAUGCUGGAACGCAUGGGCUGGUCCAAAGGGAAGGGCCUGGGCAGAAGCGAGCAAGGAGAUGUCAACCCUAUCAAAGUCAAAGUGAAAAACGAUAGUUAUGGUCUCGGGACUAAUGGAAGCUAUGAGGAUAACUGGAUCGCACACCAGGAUGAUUUCAACGACCUCCUCGCUCAGCUCAAUGACUGCCACGGUCAAAACGGCAACACUGAAACCAAACCAGAGGAACAGAAAAGCUUCAGCCUGGAAGAAAAAUCCAAGACAUCCAAAAAGCGAGUCCAUUACAUGAAAUUUGCAAAAGGAAAGGACCUCUCCUCCCGAAGCGCAACGGACCUCAACUGUAUCUUCGGCAAGAGAGCAAAAGCUACCGUUCCAGAUUCGGAGCAGGAAAGCAGCACAGAUUCCCACGGCAAUGCGCCCGAGACGCCGACCCCCACAACGGACGAGGCCGCCACCAAGACGGUGACCAGCGCCCUCACCAUGCAGGAGUACUUUGCGCAAAGGAUGGCCCAGCUGAAGACGGCCCGCGGUCAGCCUGAAGAACCCAAAAAGAAGAAAAAGAAGAAGAAAUCAGAAGCAGAUGUAGAAGAAGCAGGUGAGUCUUCAAAAAAGAAGAAACGAGAAAUUGAGGACGCCAUGACUGGAAAUGACUGCGAGGAAAAUGAACCUCAAACGAAGAAGAAGAAGAAGCGAAAAAACAAAAUGGAGGUUGAAACCGAAACACUACUUGAAAAGAAAACCGGCGAGGAGGAGGAGUUGGAGCUUGUGGUGCCUAAGAAAUCCAAAAAACACAAGAAAAAGAAGGAACAGUGAUCACAAUUCAGCGCCAUUCAUUCAAAUUGGAUCGGACGUCUAUCACCGUCAAUGGCCGCCGAUGAACUAAUAACUGAUGAAUUUUAGACCUACUGGUUAAACCGCUUAAAAUAUUCUGGGAAUGAGUCACAGUUGAGGGUGUUGCCUCAACACCAUGCGUUUUUUUUGUAAUUAGCCCUGACUGAUUUUUGACUUUUUAACAAAAUUACAUUAAUUAAAAAUAAUUGAGCAACUUUUAAAGCAA